GGGGCUCCUUGCCGGGCACUGUGGCCGCUUGGACGACGUCCGCGUCCUGCCUCAGCACAACAGUAUGGACAAGCUAUGCCAAACGGGUGAGCCGCAUGCGUAUUACGCGCAUUUAUCACAAAUUGCACUGCAAAGCACGUGGCAGGCGAAGCUCUUCUUGGCCCGGCAGCCUGCAAACGUUUAGUCCUUUGAAGCUUGCACUAGGACAAUCUGGUGAUAUCUAGGCUCAAUGAAGUGCCGAAUUGAGCCGGGAUCUGACAAGUCGCGUCAGGCGGUUGGGCAACGGAAUGGGCAGAUGUUUGCCCUCUCUUAACAAAACCUGCCGAUAAAGCGUUGGUCCUCACAUAAUGUGAUAUACUAUCCUAUCAUCAUAACACAUCUGAUACAAGAGUAACCAUAGAACACAAAUUCCAUCCUGCUUGCUGACCGCACGAAGGCUUUCAACCCUCACCUGAAGCUGUAAAUGGCAUAACUGGCCUGAAGAAUGCGCAUCGUGCAAGUCACCCGGCCUUUGGGCCACCGGAGGACACGCGUGGUCGCCGCGUCCGCAAUGCUACUCAUGGCUCUCGCGACUGUUGGGGCCGUCCUGGCUCACGCGGCCGCUGCCGAUGACCGGACCGAGCCUACAGGCUCCCGCCGCCAGCUGCAGUUUGCAGCGGCUCGCCGGGGCGUCGCAGCCAAGCUCGCCUUCGCCGCCGCUGCCGCCCGCAACACCGCCGCCAGAAACGCGAAGCAAAACACCGCCUCAUCCUCUUCCGCCGGCAAGCCUUCCAAGUCCACCAACGCCACCAUCACAACCACAACCGGCAGCGGCAGCCGCGGCAGCGGCCGCAGCGUUAGCGCCGCUAGCACCACCAGCAACCCUGAGAACGCAGCCGCGGCCACCGCUGCCGCUGCCGCAGCCAGGGCCGAUGAGGCGGAGCGGCAGCACCGUCUGUUUGGCUCUCUGCUGCAGCAGCAAAAGCCGAAGCGGCAGCCGCGCCAGAGGCGGAGCCGUGCCGCGUCCAAGCAGCAGCACACGGCGGUUACGACUGCCGCUGCUGGCGUGGGAGAAGGGAUGGAACGUAAUCCGCACGGCACUGCGCGCUCCGCCGCAGCGCCUGCUGCUGUCUCAGCUGCCGCGGCCGGCACUGGAGCCGCAGCCAAGCCCCGGCGCCGCCGUGCGCAGUACCACCUGCGUGCCGGCACCGACGCUGACGCCAUCGCCGAUCAGGCCAACCUCGCCCUCGUCUCCGCUGGCACUGCCCACAACAAGGUCCGCCGCGUUCCCACCGCGAAGGUCUUCCGCGUCUACAACGCCAACAAUGGGAAUGGCGGUGGCGGCGCCGCCGCCGCCGCUGCCGGCCUCCGCCGCCUCCAUGCCUCUACCUCUGCUGACGCCGCACUGCUUACCGCUUCUUCGGACACUUCCGCCGCCGCCGCCAGGCGUCACGAGAUGACUCACGCCGGCACAGCCUCUGCUCAAAGCGCUAUCGCUGACGGCGCCUUUGUCUCCCUUGCCGCCGCGGCUGCCGCAGCCGCCGCUGACGAGGCGGCAGAGGCUGCGGUCGACAUGGGCAUGGUGGCGGCGGACGACAGCACCUGGCCCGCCGACGAUGGCAGCAGUACCGGCAGUAGCAGUAGCAUCGCCAGCAGUAGCAGUGAGCGCCUCUACGAGUAUUACGAUUCGUACUUUGACUUGUCGCACGAGGACGAGCUAGAGGACAUGCUUGACACCGGCUAUUCCUGGGAGCCGUACAGCGCCGGCAGUAGCAGCCAGGAUGACUCAAACGUGUCGCUUGCUACUGCUGCUGCCGGCGGUGGUGCUAUUGACGCCGCCGAUGGUGCUGUUGACAUUGACGCGGCCAUCUCUGCGGUGGACGCGGACGCGGCGGCGAAUGGCGACAACGGCAGCGGCAGCGCCUUCGUUGGCUUUGAUGAUCUCUCGGACGAGCUUGCCUCCGCUGCGGCGGCGGUGGAGGCUGCUGCCGCCUCCGCCGCCGCUGGCACCUCUGCCGCCGCCGCUUCCAGCGAGCCCUCCCUGCUGACGCAGCUGUCCAGCGGCGACGGUGAGGCCUCCGCCGGCGCCUCUUCCUCCGCAGCCCUUCGCCGCCGCCGCUACCACAGCCGCCACCGCCGCAGCCGCGGCCGCCAGCAGCGGCGCUCGCUCCAUGCCGCCGCUAGCGCCGCCAGCGCUUCCGCCAAUGGCAUGUUCGGCAGCGGCGGCGGCAGCCGCGGUGGCAUCCAGCGGCAGGGUCUAUCCGCUGAGCAGCGUCAACAGCAACAGCAGCGUGAGGAGGCGGAGUGGCUGCUGCGUGCUGAGGGCGUGGAGUGGCUCCCUCGUGAGGACGCUCCAGAGCUGCCCGCUGCUGCGUACUAUUACCAACGUGACGCACAGGAGCCGCAGCAGGAGCCGCAGGAGCGGCAGCGAGAUGAGGAUGGUUACUGGCGGCCUGCUGCGGCAGAGGGUGGCGUGGUGCGCGGUGAUGACUACAGCUUCGAGUGGCAGCUGCUGGAUGCAGAGGAGGAUCCGUCGGAGCCGUACGUGUCACCAGCAGGUGAUGAGGACAGCAGCAGGUGGCUGGCGCGGCAGCAGGCGCAGCAGCAGCAGGAGCAGCAGGCGCAGGCGCGGCAGCAGGCACGGCAGCAGGCGCAGCAGCAGGCACAGCAGCAGGCGCAGCAGCAGGCGCGACAGCAGGCGCAGGCGCGCGUUGCGGACUGGGAGGAAGACCCCUCGUACAUCCUCCAUAGGGUUGCGCUGCCUGCUGCUGGCACGCCUGCCUCCGCCGCCUCUUCCGCUGCGUCCACCACCCUUGACGCCGCAGCCGCAGCCGCGAGCUCCCUGAAGGAUGACUGGUACGGUGAGCUUCUGCGCAAGGAGGAGGAGCGGUUGGUGUGGUCGGGCGAGGAGGCGGCAGCGGCGGAGCUUGCUGAGUGGGGCGAGCAGCAGUGGGGCGAGCAGCAGGCGGCGGAGCGGCAAUGGCCGUGGGACCGCCUUGGAGACGAGUGGUGGGACGAGUACACGUGGGAGUAUGUGGAGCAGCAGGAUGGCAGCUACUAUGAAGGCUGGGGUGAGAUGGACUCGUAUGUGGACGCAGAGCAGCGGGUCGGGCCCAACAGCAGCAGUGAUGAGGGCGACGGCGACGUUGGAUACCAUGACCAGAUGGAGCCAAUGUUUCUGGAGGAGGAGCAGUGGCGGGCCUACGAGGCCGCCCGUGAUGCAGCCUCUGCCUUUGCUGCGGUUGCCGCCACGAGCAGCAAGAGCCGCACCGCUGCCACGGCUGCCGCCGCGGCCGCCAGCACUGAAGCUGGCUUGGAGGGAGGUCGGGGUAAGGUGCAACGCUUUAAUGACGACUGGGAUGUGGUGAGCGGGGGGCCGCGCUUUCCGGAGCAGCCUACGCCGUGGGAGCUGUAUGAGGCAGCGGCUGAGGCAGCUGAGGCGGAGGCCGCAGAGGCAGAAGCGGCCCUCGCCGAUGACUUCAGCCUAUUUGACAACGCGUUGUCAGCCCAGCAGGAGCUGGCGGCAUAUGGUGGCAACACAAAGGACGCGGAGCUCUUCGACUCCCGCGAUGGCAGUAGCAGCGACGGCGGCGACCUUUCGGAUGCCUGGGAUGCCGCCGACUACAGCAUUGCAUCGUACUUCCUUACCGCCGAGCAGGGCGAUGAGGAUUAUUACGAAUGGCAGUACGAGCAGGAGUUGUACGACCAGCAGCCGAUGGAUCCAGAUUCUGUUGAUCAGUACGGCAGCUGGGAUUACGUCGGCCCCUACGACGACCCUUCGUUGACCGAGCCAGGCGCCGGCGCAGCCGUACUGGAGCGGGAGGCCGAGACCUGGGCGGUGGCGGCGCGGGACGCGCGCGGCGCUGCGGACACUGCUACUGCUGCUGCCGUCGCUGCGGUGGUGGAGACAGCUGCUGCUGCCAAUGCUGCAGCCGCCCACGAGAUGGCGGCGCGCGAGGUCUUUUACGCCCAACUGGCGGCGCAGCUCCGUCACAGUACGCUGCUGGAUGUUGCUGACGGCGCCGCCGCCAGUGAUGACGCCGCCGCCGCCAGUGACACUGGCGCCUCUGACCCUGGCUACCCCUAUGACUUUAGCUACUCCGACCUAGAUAUCAGCCCCGCUGACGCCACCGACGCCGCUGCCGCUGCUGCUGCCGGCGGCGCCGCCACUUCCUCUUCCUCCGAUGCCGACGCCUACCUCGCCGCCUCUGCAGAGGACUAUGAGGCCAGUGGCGCCUACCUCAUUCGCGUGGUGGUGCAAGCGGCCGGUGAGCUGAAGGCGGCGCUAGAGGGCUUGUACGGCGCCGGCGCCGUCGAUGACCCACAGCAGAAGCUGUCGGCCGCAGAGCUGACCCGCUGGGCCAAGCUCUACUUCGCAAGCGGCGGCGGCAGUAGCAGCAGCAGAGUGGGCGGCGGCAUUGGCAGUAGCAGGAGCAGCAGCGACGGUGGCGAGGCCGCCGGGGUCGACCACCAGCUGUUCUGGAGGGUGCACGACCGCGUGCUGGCACUGCGGGAGGCGCUCCGCCGCCAGGGCCUGUCCAUGCCACAGCUGCUACAGCUGCAGCAGGUGGAGCAUGGCAGUAGCGGCGGCCGUGCCGCCGCCGCGGACGCUGACGCUGCUACAGCCGACCCGGUCAAGCUUCACGACACCGUUGCUGGCUGGGACUCGCAGCCGGUCGAGAGCGGUGACGAGCUGGGCGUGUCGGAGGAGGGCCGGCGGCGGCGCCAGGCAGCGGCGGCGGCACUGCGCCUUGCGGAGCUGGAUGCGGCGGUGGCCUGGGCGCAGGAUGAGGUCGCGGCCGCGGCCGCAGUUGCAACGGUGGCGGAGGCGGCGGAGGUGGCUGCAGCUGCCGCCGUGGAGGCCUUCGAUGCGACUGCUACCAGCAGCAGCGGCGCCGCGAACCGGCAGGAGCUGCCGGACAGCGCCUGGCUUGGCGCCGAGGCCGAGAGCGCGGGCGCGGUCGGUCUGUGGAACGCGCUGGACGCGAUGUUUGGUGCGGGGCCGCUGCCGGCGGAGCUGGAGUCAGACCUGGUGGUUUUGUACGACACAGACCCGGCCGGUUUCAAUGCCGUACGGCGGGAGGUGCUGCGGCAGCGGGGCCUGGUCAUUGCGGCACAGGGCCUGGACGCGGAGAACCGUGUCAGCAUCGCCGCCGCCAUGACGGCGCUGCUGUCGCUCGCGCGCACGGGCUGGGUUCGUGCCAACCUGCGCGAUGGCGGCAGCGCCGCCGCAGCCGCAAUUGCCGGCGCUGGCGGUGGUAGCAGCGGCAGCAGUGACGCUGCGCGAAGCGAGGGGAAGGGUGAUUGGAGCGCCAAGCGGGGACACGCGCACACCAUUCGCAGCAGCCACAGCUACAGCCGCAGCGGCGGCGCAGCAGCGGACGACGCGCUGCCGCUUCCCCACGGCGCCACCUCCCACGAGGAGGCCCUGGCGGCAGUAGCGGCUGCCACCACUGCUACUGCCAGCGCUGCUACUGCCACUGCUACUGCCAGCGCUGCCACUGCCACCAGCUCCUCCAAGGCGACAGCUACUGCCACUUCAGCGAUGUCAGCAGCCCCGACUGCCGAGUCCUGGUACGCCCGCGCCCUGAGCCACCUCGCGCCAUACCCGCUUCUGCCGGCCCUGCCGCCCGCCAUCGCUCACAGCCCGCUCUGUGCCUGUGCGCUGCUGGCGGCGGCGCUGGCUGUAGCAUUGGCGGCUGUGGCGCUCGCCACCGGGCUGCGCCUGACUGACAGCUCCUGGCUGCAGCAGCCGCGCCGCGGUGCGGCAGUAGCAGCGGCCUCACAGAUGCUACUGCCGACCAGCCGGGCGGCUGCGCGCCGCCAGCAGGCCAAGCAGCAGUCCCGGCUGUGGGCCUGGGUCUGUGGCAGUAGCUGCCGGCUCCACGAGCCGCUACUGCCGGCUACCGAGAAUGCGGAGGCGUCGGCAGCAGCUUCGAAUGGCGGCGGCGGCAGUAGCAGCGGCCUCCGCCGUGACGUUGCCAGCAGCACUGACACCCUCCAGGCCGCUGACGGGGAGUCACGCGACACCUUUGACUGGCCGCCGGCGUCUGUCCCCACCGCUCUGCCGGCAGACCACAAUGCGCACCACCUUCCCCACGACAGCAGCCCCGCCGCCACUGGCGUCACCGGCCCCGCCAGCAGCACGACCUUCAUCAACCCGGUCGCCGGCGCCUUCCCGGUGCACCCUCACGUCAGUGGAGGCAGCGGUGGCGGCGGCGUUGGCGGCGGCAGCAGCUUCCUCCGCAUUCGCACCACUGGCCCCGCCACCACUGCCGCUACAGCCGCCGCUACAGCCGUCGCCGCUGACGAGCCCUCACACGCGCCAUGUUCGCCCGCUGACAGCCUCAUCUCCUGGACCUCGCUCGCCUCCCCCACUGCCGCCGCUGUCGCGGCCGGCCGCCUCCUCGCUCCCACCGCCCACACGCACCACGCCCGCAGCAGCUUGAGCCAGCAGUUUCGUUACUGCCCGCUCAGCCCUGCCGCCGGCACCGCCCCUGCCACCACUGCCGGCAACGUCGCUGGCGGUGCUGUUGCCAGCAGCCCAUACUUUUACAACCCCUUGUUGGCUCGCCACCCCCAUGGCCACCAAGCCGGCUCGCCCCUGGCCACCAGCACCGGCGGUGCCGCCGCCAGCGGCGCCGGCGCCGCCGCCGACCUCAACACCGCCCAUUGGGCCGUAGAGGACGACAACAGCGAUGUUUGCGUUACUCCGCUGCGGCGCAGCGCAGUCUCUUGCAUCGCCGCCAGCGGCCACCGCCGCAACAGCCACAGCUACAGCCAUGGCACCGGCGGCCCGCACUUUGCAACAGCCUACUUCCACGCCCGCGACGGCCUUAGCCGCGGCCUGACUACAGCCGUGUCGCCUCGCACGCCCCGACACAGCGGCGGCGCAGCAGCAGGAGGAGCUGACAGCGGUGGCACAAGUGUCGGAGCCGGCAGUAGCAGUGGCUGCUGCGGCAGUAGCGGGAGCCUGGUGCACAGGCGUGCUACUGCCGCCUUCCUGCUGGCGGGGGGUCCGUCGGCUGCGACUUCGGGUGUAGCACCACCAUCAUGCGGCAGCCCAUCGUGGGCUUACGCCGCCGCCUCGCCUGCUGCUGCCGCACGGGUGCGGUUCAACGCUCCUGGUGGCGCUGCUGCUACUGCUGUUCGUGCCACCGGCGGCACUGCUACUGCUGGUGGCGGCGGCGCGGACGUGUCCGUGCUGCUUGCGGAAGUCCCCAGCUCCCCCGUGGCAACGUCGGGGCCGCGUGUGCUGUGGGCUUGAGCAGCCUGUCAGGCAGGCGUACCGUCCUCCUGAAAAACGGACUGCGCGUACCGUAGUGGACGUUUCUUCUUAGGUGCAUGUGUUCUUAGAGGUUCCGAGGUGCCGCGCGUGUGCACGAUUGGACUGUGUCAGCGGUAUGAUGAGGAGCCUGUGGUCGAUGGGGUUUCAUUGGCGCUUUAUGGAAGUGAUGGAUGAUGCCAGAUGCACCCUGCAUAAUUGCUGACGUCUGCUUCUUUGCUGGGAUGUUGGAAAGCAGACGGACGGGGUCAUGGCUGCGCCCCAGGACACGCAACCGGUGCACAGGCGCCGGUGCACUAAAACUGUAAAGGAACUUGGGGCAUCAUGCAAAUGCGACAGGAUACAAUGGGACGGGGAUCGAAGGACCAUCUCCAGCCCACAUACAUAGGCACGGCCCUCCCUCGCGGCCUCGCCACUUUUCCACAGCAUUGCCUCGUGAGAUUGCAGAAACCCCAAAUGUUUCGGGGGCCCCGGCACACGGUUCGUGUAAAACCGCACUUAA